AUAUCUGAACCGAAUGCAUGUUUUUAAUUAAAAUUAUUCGGGUUUCAAAAUACUGAUCUUUUCGUACAAAUGUGAUCCUAAAGUUGUAUAUUCAUAACGUUGUAAUGCUCUGCGUAACAACAAAUGUGUGCAGAUCUUUUAAGCAGCGUGUAUCUUUGAAAAGCCUGUUCUGCACUGCAUCCACAUGGAAUAGCGUCCCUGAUGCUGCAACAUCUACCUCCCACAACAAAAAGGCUGUAACAUCUACCUCCCACAACAAAAAGGCUGUAAUUGGUAAAUCUGCCAUGUUCAGUCACAACAACCCCUCAGGCCUCACGCCUAGACCCCAUUCCUCAGGCGUUUUACAUCAGGAUGGUCAUGAGCCGACAGAUUUCGUCACACAACCUGUGUCUAAUUUUGACAAACUUGUCAGCAAACUGCAGACUGUGCUUCCUGGAAAGUCAAGGUCCGAGUUGAGCGUACUCAUACAAGAGCUAAGGCAGACAAGAGGGUCCCUGUCAGGGUUCACAGCGGAGGAUAUCACACAGCAGAUCGUUACCAUGGUGACGCAACCAGAAACAAAGUCUACUUCUGUGAUACCUGAGAAACCAUCAUCAAAUAAAACUCUAGAAGAUGAACUUGCGACAAGAAUAUCAGAGGCUAGAAAGUCUGUCUGCAAGUCUGUCGCUGACUUUCAAUUUAAUAAAAAGCGAAUACAAGUCCUGAGCCAGUCUGAGCAUGUGCUGAGUGAAUGUGACGGCAUUGUCUACUGGAUGUCCAGAGACCAGCGUGUGCAAGACAACUGGGCAUUCCUGUAUGCCCAGAAGCUAGCCUUAAAGCAGGGAGUUCCACUGCACGUGUGCUUCUGUCUGGUUCCAAAGUUCCUUGAUGCCACAAUCAGACACUUCACUUUCAUGUUGGAGGGACUGAGGGAAGUGGAAAAGGAAUGCACAGAGUUGGGUAUUAGUUUCCAUCUUCUCAUCGGUCAUGCCAAGGAUAGACUGCCACAGUUUGUUGCAGAGAAUAAAAUAGGUGGAGUUGUGACUGACUUUAGUCCACUUCGAGUUCCCAUGGCCUGGGUGGAUGAUGUGGGCAAAGCCUUACCAAAGAACGUCCAUUUCUGUAAGGUUCAUGCUCACAAUAUAGUUCCAUGUUGGGAAGCAUCUAAUCAAAUGGAGCAUGAGUCUCGAACCAUACGCUUGAAGAUAAACAGCAAGCUGUCGGAGUAUCUCACAGAGUUCCCGCCUGUCUGCAAGCACACAUAUGAUGCGCCUUUUUCUCAGAGUGUAGACUGGGCUGCAGCAUAUUCCAGUCUCGAGGUAGAUCAGACAGUACGGCCUGUAGAGUGGGCUAAACCAGGAUACUUGAGUGGCAUGCAAAUGCUUGAAUCAUUCUGCAAAUAUCGGCUUAAAGACUAUGUAGCAGACCGUAAUAACCCAACUGUGGAUGCUAUCAGUAACUUGUCGCCCUGGUUUCACUUUGGCCAGGUAUCUAUCCAGCGGGCCAUUCUCACAGUGAGUCAGUAUCAGUCGCUGUACAAGGCAUCCGUUGACAAAUAUAUAGACGAGGCCGUCAUUUGGAGGGAACUGGCUGACAACCUUUGCUACUAUAACAAGAACUAUGAUAGCCUUGAUGGGGCUCCUGACUGGGCUAAGGCAACCUUGAGAGAACACGAGAGGGACAGGCGUGAAUAUGUGUACACCAGAAAGCAGUUUGAGAGGGGCCAGACCCAUGACCCACUCUGGAAUGCUGCACAGAAUCAGAUGGUGUUAGAGGGUAAGAUGCAUGGGUUCCUGCGCAUGUACUGGGCCAAGAAGAUCCUGGAAUGGACCCCCAGCCCCUCGGAGGCCCUCAGUUACUCCAUCUACCUCAACGACAAAUACAGUCUGGACGGCAGGGACCCUAACGGAUAUGUCGGUUGUAUGUGGUCCAUUUGUGGAAUACACGACCAGGGCUGGGCAGAGAGAGCUGUGUUUGGGAAGAUACGCUACAUGAAUUACCAGGGAUGCAAGCGAAAGUUUGAUGUGACCAAGUUUGAGAUGCGGUACCGCAAGCAGACCACUGAGAAGUGAAACUGUUCCAUGUGAUGGAGUACUUACUGGUGUCCAUGUAAAUAUUUGUAUUUAUAUACCUCAGGCAAGGAUUUGGUUCAGAAAUCUGCUGUGUUUUGAGAGGAGCAGUAAGGAGCCAAACUUGAUCUCAGUACUUUGUGUGCUGGUGUAUACAUGGCUAUAUUUUACUAUUUUUGAUCAUUGAGCAGCAGAAAGAUUGGAUGUCAAAAGUGUAUGUGCCUGAGUAUUGAAUUGAUAUGUAUUAAGUAUCUAUUCAGUGUUACAAGAUGUAACUUGUCAUGCGAAAAAGGGUCUUAUGCACUGCCAACGAACGUCCAGACCUGCCUUGCAUCAGAGCAGACUGGUCUGGAGCUACCCUGUACACAAAUGAGAAAAGCAAAACUUGGGUUUCUUCAUAGCGGACAGGAUAGCUUCUUACCAUGUGCAGAUAAGUUUUCGUUCUCUUUACAGUUAAUGAAAUAAGUAAUAGAAACAUGCUAGGUUGUCUUGUGUAAUAUCACUAAAGGUAAUGUUCUCUUAUUAGCCUGUAAAGGUCGUAUAGCCGUUCCAAAUUAAACUUUAUUUUUGUAAAUUGUUACCCCUGCAGAACUUGUACUUUUGUUCUUAUCAGGCAAUAUAAUGAUGUCGUCCUUGUUCAAUCUUAAUUUAACCUUAGUGCAGUGUGAAUUGUCCCGUAUGUGUUUACUGUUAGCCAUAGUCUCUAAAUAGUCCGAAAUUUCAAACUUUGGCAUUUAGUAGCCAAAUUGCAUUUGAUUGUACAACAUCUUUUCUUUUUUGUAUACUUUUUUGUCUUUGAAAUGUACAUGUCUUUAAGGCUUGUUGUAAAUUCUUUUAGAAAUAUUUUGACUUAAAUGACAUAGUCUGUAUAAAAAAAACACAUGUCGCUAAAACAAACUUUUAGUGAUGUUGCUUGAUGCUUGACAUCCAAAUAGUUUAUUACUCGCGUUUGUGAGCAAAUUUUUAAGAAGAUUCAAUAUUUGAACUGGAUCUUGCAACUUUUAGCUUAGUUUGAUCAGAAUUUUACCACUAGACUACUCACUCUAAUACUACGGGAAUGCUAUCUUCUUAAAUAUCAUAAAUAACAUCAUGUAUUUUCAUGAUACCCAAAGUAUGUCACUAGAAAUAACUUAAGCGAGAAAAUAAAGGACACAUUCAACCUCAGUGAAAUUAUCCGUGCUUUGACAGGUGAAAAAAACGUACCAUAUUUACUCAUCAGUUGUUAAGCUAUGGACAUGUUAUCUCUUUGAUUGUACCAUUGUGAUAUUAAAUUUUAAAUGUAGAGAUUUUUGUUUCUUGAGGUGUUCAUGGCAAACAGCUUUAAGUUAUAGGUUGUAUAGAGCUGUAAUUUAUGUAUCAAUUUCGGUUACACCACAUGUGUUCAUUUAAUUUAUAGCUUUUUUGUCUUUUUGUGGCAUGAAUUGUCUUUUUGCUGCAUUAAUCAUCUUUGUUGCUGAAUUAAUUGUCUUUUUUGCUGCAUAAAGUGUCUUUUGGGCUGCAUUUGAUGUAUAUUUGGCUGCAUAAUACUAGUUGAGACGAUAAAAUUGUGGCAUAAAUGCUGUUCUGUUAUUGUUAAAGUAUUGACUAUUUGACAGUUGUUCACAGUUCUGAAACAGUAUUAACAAUAAAAACAAUGUUACCACAAAAGCAUCAUAUAUCAUUUCAUAAGUCACCAUCAUAGUUCAGUUGGUAGAGCCGGACUACAAAUCCCAGGAUUGCAGGUUUGAUUUCUGCCUGGUCCACAUAAGUUGUGAUAGGAUUGGUCAUGAAAUCCUUUCUAGGGCCAAUAACACCUGAGUUAACCUUUUACCACUUUGAUACGUAUUUUGACGCAUUUGUUGUCCCUUAGAAAAUCAUAUUUAAUUAUAUACCUUUCUUACUAAAUUCAAGUUUUAAAGACUUCAUUUCCAACCCUUAGUAAGGGAUGAGCAGCAAACAGCAUAAAACCUGAACAGACUGCGAGUUACUGGUAGGCUGUUCUGGUUUUAUGCUGGUUGCAAAAGCCAUUUUCACUUUGCUUCUUACGGAGGAAAGGGUUCAGAAGGGCAGUAAUCAGUUACUAGGCCUUGGUAUUGGUAGACUAGAUAUCCUAGAAAAAGUGUAAGCUGGUGAGAUGACUGGCGUGAUAAGUCUGAAAAGCUGUUGAAAGUGGCAAAAAAUACAAGUUAACAAACCAACAGCAUAGACUUUGUAUUUAAAGUAUAUUCUGAAAGUGCAUGUUGUGGUUAAUGGUAUACUGUGCAUAUAAUAACCAAUUGCUUUAACAAUCAUGAAGACAUUACAUGAUUUAAGAACAGAAAUGUAUGCAUGCUACACUUAGAAAACUCGAUGCAAAUGGUGCGUUGGUACUUAUUAUGCCCCCCUUCGAAGAAGAGGGGGGUAUAUUGUUUUGCUCAUGUCGGUAUGUCGGCCGGUCCAUCCACCAGAUGGUUUCCAGAUGAUAACUCAAGAACGCUUAGGCCUAGGAUCAUGAAACUUCAUAGGUACAUUGAUCAUGACUGGCAGAUGACCCCUAUUGAGUUUCAGGUCACUAGGUCAAGGUCAUGGUGACCCGAAAUAGUAAAAUGGUUUCCAGAUGAUAACUCAAGAAUGCUUAUACCUAGGAUCAUGAAACUUCAUAGGUACAUUGAUCAUGACUGUCAGAUGACCCCUAUUGAUUUUCAGGUCACUAGGUCAAAGGUCAAGGUUACAGUGACUCGAAAUAGUAAAAUUGUUUCCGGAUGGUAACUCAAGAAUGCUUACGCCUAGGAUCAUGAAACUUCAUAGGUACAUUGAUCAUGACUGGCAGAUGACCCCUAUUGAUUUUCAGGUCACUAGGUCAAAGGUCAAGGUCACAGUGACAAAAAACAUAUUCACACAAUGGAUUCCAUUACAACUGACAGUCCAUAUGGGGGGCAUGCAUGUUUUACAAACAGCCCUUGUAUUUUGAUAACGUUUUAUAAUUACAAAAUUUAAAUAUCAUACCAGUAAUUAUGUUUUUGAUAUAAAUAUACCAGUUCUGUUUUCUACAUUUUUAUGCUCCCCCAAAAUUUUUUAGGGGGGAGCAUAUAGUCGCCGCUUCGUCUGUCCGUGCGUGUGUCCGUCCGUCCAUGCACAAUUUUUGUCCAGGCUAUUUCUCGGCAAUUAAUGACCAGAAUUCAAUUAAACUUUAUGGGGAGCUUCACUACCAAGAAGAGAUGAGCAUAUUAUCAGCCGGUUCUGGUCGGAUGAUUUUUCACAGAGUUAUGGCCCUUUUAAAUUUUCCAUUAACUGGACAUAUAGUGCAAUUCUUGUCCCCCCAACUACUAGACGUUUCCUUUUAUCUGAAUAUAUAGUGCAAUAUUGUGACAAAAAAAACUUUGGGGAGCAUCACGCGUCUCUGAUGGUAUCUUGUUUAUUUGCAAAUGUGAUUGUGGUUGUAAUUAUGUGAGUCGUGACUUGCAGAAAAAAAGGAGACUCUGUUUGAUCUUCAUACAUUUUGAUUUGUCACAAUGUUUAAAUGUUGCCUUUAUUAUGCCCCCCUUCGAAGAAGAGGGGGUAUAUUGCUCUGCACAUGUCGGUCGGUCUGUCUGUCUGUCGGUCGGUCCGUCCACCAGGUGGUUUCCGGAUGAUAACUCAAGAACGCUUGGGCCUAGGAUCAUGAAACUUGAUAGGUAGAUUGAUCAUGACUCGCAGAUGACCCCUAUUGAUUUUGAGGUCACUAGGUCAAAGGUCAAGGUCACGGUGACCCGAAAUAAUAAAAUGGUUUCCGGAUGGUAACUCAAGAACGCUUAGGCUUAGGAUCAUGAAACUUGAUAGGUAGAUUGAUCAUGACUCGCAGAUGACCCCUAUUGAUUUUCAGGUCACUAGGUCAAAGGUCAAGGUCACACUGACCCGAAAUAGUAAAAUGGUUUCCGGAUGAUAACUCAAGAACGCUUAGGCCUAGGAUCAUGAAACUUGAUAGGUAGAUUGAUCAUGACUCACAGAUGACCCCUAUUGAUUUUCAGGUCACUAGGUCAAAGGUCAUGGUCACAGUGACCCGAAAUAGUAAAAUGGUUUCCGGAUGAUAACUCAAGAACGCUUAUGCCUAGGAUCAUGAAACUUCGUAGGUAGAUUGAUAAUGGCUGGCAGAUGAACCCUAUUGAUUGUCAGGUCACUAGGUCAAAGGUCAAGGUCACGGUGACCCGAAAUAGUAAAAUGGUUUCCGGAUGAUAACUCAAGAAUGCUUAUGCCUAGGAUCAUGAAACUUGAUAGGUAGAUUGAUCAUGACUCGCAGUUGACCCCUAUUGAUUUUCAGGUCACUAUAUCAAAGGUCAAGGUCACAGUGACCUGAAAUAGUAAAAUGGUUUUCGGAUAAUAACUUAAGAACGCUGAUGGCUACAAUCAUGAAACUUCAUCGGUACAUUGAUCAUGACUCGCAGAUGACCCCUAUCGAUUUUGAGGUCACUAGGUCAAAGGUCAAGUUCACGGUGACCUGUAAUAGUAAAAUGGUUUCCGGAUGAUAACUAAAGAACGCUUAUUUCUAGGAUCAUGAAACUUUAUAGAUAGAUUGAUCAUGACUCGCAGAUGACCCCUAUUGAUUUUCAGGUCACUAGGUCAAAGAUCACGGUGACCCGAAAUAGUAAAAUGGUUUCCGGAUAAUAACUCAAGAACGCUUAUGAUUAGGAUCAUGAAACUUCAUAGGUACAUUGAUCAUGACUGGCAGAUGACCCCUAUUGAUUUUCAGGUCACUAGGUCAAAGGUCAAGGUCACAGUGACAAAAACAUACUCACACAAUGGCUGUCACUACAACGGAGAGCCCAUAUGGGGGGCAUGCAUGUUUUACAAACAGCCCUUGUUUUUAAAGGUUUUAACUUGUUGCCUUUAAAUGUACAAAUGUAUGUGUUUUAAGUGUGUAUGGUUGUAUUAUUAUAAUGCUAUUUCCUUAUAUAUGCAAUGUUUUAUUAUGCCCCCCUUCGAAGAAGAGGGGUAUAUUGUUUUGCACAUGUUGGUCGGUCCGUCCGUCUGUCCGUCGGUCCAUCCACCAGAUGGUUUCCGGAUGAUAACUCAAGAGCGCUUAGGCCUAGGAUCAUGAAACUUCAUAGGUACAUUGAUCAUGACUGGCAGAUGACCCCUAUUGAUUUUCAGGUCACUAGGUCAAAGGUCAAGGUCACAGUGACUCGAAAUAGUAAAAUGGUUUCCGGAUGAUAACUCAAGAAUGCUUAUACCUAGGUUCAUGAAACUUCAUAGGUACAUUGAUCAUGACUGGCAGAUGACCCCUAUUGAUUUUCAGGUCACUUGGUUAAAGGUCAAGGUCACAGUGACUCGAAAUAGUAAAAUGGCUUCCGGAUGAUAAGUAAAGAAUGCCUACGCCUAAGAUCAUGAAACUUAAUAGGUACAUAGAUAAUGACUGGCAGACGACCCCUAUUGAUUUUCAGGUCACUAGGUCAAAGGUCAAGGUCACAGUGACUGGAAAAAGUAAAAUGGUUUCCGGAUGAUAACUCAAGAAUGCUUACAACUAGGAUCAUGAAACUUCAUAGGUACAUUGAUCAUGACUGGCAGAUGACCCCUAUUGAUUUUCUGGUCACUAGAUCAAAGGUAAGGGUCACAGUGACUCGAAAUAGUAAAAUGGUUUCCGGAUGAUAACUCAAGAAAAAAGGGAUUUUUUUUUCUUGCCAGCUAGAAAUAAUCACUGAGUAGAAAUUAGUAUGUAGUUUUUAAACAAAAUAGCAACAAGUCUACCGUUUAAUAUUUCUCAUGUUUACAAUAAUCCAUAACAUAUUGAGUAUGCUAUAUGCUUGUUAUACCCCCACAAACGAAGUUUAGAGGGGUAUAUAGGAGUGAGCUUGUGUGUUGGUCCAUAUUAAGUGUCGGCUCUCUUACUAUCACCCGGCAGAGGGAUAUUGUUUUGGUGUUGUCCGUCCGUCCGGCACUUUUGUGUUUGGAGCCAUAUCUUGGAAGUGCUUUGGUGGAUUUCAUUGAAACUUAGUAUGAGUAUAUAUAUGGAUAAGAGGAUGAUGCAUGCUAAAUGGCAUUGUUCACCAUCUGUUAUUAAUGGAGUUAUGGCCCUUUGUAUCUUUAAAACUGCUUUUUUAGCUGAGUGUCAAAUAUAACACUUUUGUGUCCAGAAGCAUAUUGGCGGGGAUAUCAAUUCAACAAAUUUGCUUGUUCAAGUUGUUUAAUCGGAUCUUCACCAAACUUGGUCAAAUGUUGUAUCUAGAUGAUGUCUAGGUCAAGUUCGAAUAUGGGUCAUGCUGGGUCAAAAACUAGCUCACGGGGUCACUUAGUGUGUUUUAAACAUUGAGCAUGGUAUCCGCUUUCUAAUUCAAGUAGUUUCACCAAACUUGGUCAAAAGUUGUAUCUAGAUGAUGUCUGGGCCAAGUUCGAACAUGGGUCAUGGCAGGUCAAAAACUAGGUCACGGGGUCACUUAGUGGGUUUUAAACAUUGAGCAUGGUGUCCGCUCUCUACUUCAAGUAGUUUUAAUCAUAUCUUCACCACACUUGGUCAGAAGUUGUAUCUAGAUGAUGUGUAGGUCAAGUUCGAACAUGGGCUAUGCCGGGUCUUUUAGUGCGUUUUAAACAUUGAGCAUGGUGUCCGCUGUUUUUUGUGAAGACAACAUGCAAAAUAUUCUGUGUCAAUGUGGCAUGUGGGGGUAUUCGUCACGUCUGUGACAUAGCUCUAGUUGAGUCUUGGGUAAUUUUCAAAAAGAUGUUACAUCACAAUUAUUUUAUAAAUGUAUGGCUAUGAAUCAUUAUAAACAAAAUUAUUUAUAUUUGUUGCUUAUUUAACUCGCCUGAGCAUACGGUUCUCACGGUGAACUUUAAAUACUCGCCUUUUGUCUGUCGUGUGUUGUGCGUCAUGCUGGAUCAACAUUUGCCUUGUUAAAACUUUAGAGGACUCAUUUUUUGUACAAUAUUCUUGAAAUUUGGUCAGUAGAUUUGUGCAAUGAUAUUUAGGACGAGUUCGAAAAUGGUUCCAGUUGGUUGAAAAUCAUGGCCACCAGGGGCGGGGCAUUUUUCCUUCUAUGGCUAUAGUAAAACCUUGUCAACACUCUAGAGGCAGCAUUUAUUGUCCGAUUUUCAUGAGACUUGGUCAGCAGAUUUGUCCCCAUGAUAUCUUGGAUGAGUUUGAAAAUGGUUCAUGUGGCUUGAAAAACAUGGCCGCCAGGGGACGGGACAUUUUUCCUUAUAUGGCUAUAGUAAAACCGUGUUAAAACUCAAGAGGCCACGUUUAUUGUCCGAUCUUCAUGAAACUUGGUCAGAAGAUUUUUCCCAAUGAUAUCUUGGACGAGAACGAAAAUGGUUCCGGUUGGUUGAAAAACAUGGCCCCAAGGGGCGGGGCUUUUUUUCUUAUAUGACUAGUAAAAACUUGUAAACACUCUAGAGGCCACAUGUAUAGUCCAAUCUUCAUGAAACUUGGCCAGAACAUUUGUUUGAAUGAUAUUUUGGAUGAUUUGGAAAAUGGUUCAGAUCUGCAGAAACAUAUGGCCGCCAGGGAGCGGAUAAUUGAUCCUUAUAUGGCUAAAGUAAAACCUUGUUAGCACUCUAAAAGUUACAUUUAUAGUUCACUCUUCAUGAAACUUGGUCAGAACAUUUGUUCUAAUGAUAUCUUGAGCUGCACAGAACAAGUAAGUUCCUUUGUAUCUCAGGUGAGCGACUUUUUGCCUUUCAGGGCGUCUUGUUUCAAAUCUGUAUUGCAGAAAUGAUAAUAAAUAAUAGAUUGUGUUGAUAGUUUCAAAUCGCAUCUUGAAAAUAAGAUAUUAAUUGUUAAAACUCGUAAAGAAUUUGUAGAAGUUAUUAUUACAAUAUCAAGAAAAUAUAAAUAAUUCAGUUUUACUUUCCAAGAAUUGUUAUACAUGUUUAUUGACUGUCACUUAAUGACAGGCAUAUGAUAAGAAAAUGCACUGCUGUAAAAAGCAUAGUUUCUUAUCAGUUGUUCAUAUCAUUUUUAUCAAAUAAAAAUACAAGUGCUA